UGAGGGUAAAACGAAAGAAAACACGUGGGUGCAGCAAGGAGAUAAGGAACCGUUUGGGAACCCAUCGGAGCUGGGGGCACCACCUCCUCCUGGCUGGGAAAUACACAGUUCACCCACGAGACAGGUGCUCAGACAUAUACCCAUUAAACACAUAUUUAAGUCACUUGCAUUCUCUCUCUCUCUCUCUGAGCGCGACGGGAGAGUAUAAAGUUUUGUAAGAGUGCAUGUGCCGCCUCUCCCCUCCUUCACCGACUUUUCGGAGAGCGUAAACAGCUCGGCGCGUCUUAUCGCGCACAAGCAGGCGCGUAAAGCGCGCGGCGCUAUCCACGGCAUCUCCACACACACCGGCCAAGAACCAGCCUCCGCCUGAGAGAGCUGCGGCGGACCCGUGAGGAACAGGUUGUUUUCUAGUGAUGCUGUUCACGGAGCGAAGACCAAAAGGAUGACAUGCUUUCACCUGAGCCGACUGUUGGCGCUUUACGUGACAUUCUGCGCCACGCGAGACGUCCAGGGUGCGCGAGGUUUCGAAAAAAAGGUGUCUCUGAUGCUGAAAGAAGAGCCAGAAAACCCCAAAUGCUUUGUGGAAAGCAGGAAGGACUUCACAUGUUUCUGGGAGGAAGAUGAGGAGAGGGCUGGCUCUGUGGACCAGUACUCUUUCACAUACACCUACCAGAAUGAAAACAGCAGCAGCUGCCCGCUAAGAGCGCUGCCUGCAGCGGGCGGGAAGAGGCUGUUCGUCUGCCACCUGAACCGACCCCAGAUGUUUGUCCAAAUGGACGUAAGAGUUCACCGAGAGGAAACGCUGAUCCACAGUCGCAGCCUUCUCAUCGAGCUUGUCUUUCUUCUGAACCCUCCGGCUAACGUGACGGUGAGCAGCAUGGGCCAGAAAGGGCAGCUGAAUGUCAGCUGGGUGGCUCCUCCUCUCAAGUACAUGGACGACAGCAUGAUGUACGAGGUCAGCUCCAACACGGCGGACAGCCACGUGGGGAAGGUCGCGAGGGUACGAGCCAGCUCAGAGUUGAUCCUGAGAGGCCUGCAGCCCAGCACCAAGUACAAGGUGCAGGUCCGCGUGAAGCUGGACGGGGUUAGCUACAACGGCUACUGGAGUGCCUGGAGUGACCCGGUGUUCAUGGAAACGCUGCCGGCAGAACUCAACCUACUCAUGGUGUCCCUGACCCUCAUCAGCUCUUUCAUCCUUAUUGCGGUGUCUCUCGCCAUGCUCCUCUCCCAACGGAGGUUUGUCAUAAAGAAGAUUUGGCCGGUUAUUCCGACUCCUGAGAGCAAGUUCCAAGGCCUCUUCAGCAUUUACGGUGGGGACUUUAAGGAGUGGUUAGGUCAGACCGACGGAGGCAUAUGGUUGACCCCAGAGUACUUCUACUCAGCAGAAUGCCCUUCUCCUCUGGAGGUCCUGUCGGAGCUCAGCCCUGGCCCCGCCCUGCCUUUCCCACCUCUGCCUCCCAAGGCCUCCAGGGCUCCGACCGCCGGUAUAAAGGAGGACAAGGAUGCAAUGAAUGGGGUGGAUGAGAGCGAUCCAGCCCUGACAGAGCGAUGGAGAGCCACACCGCACGACCACUGGUUGAUGGACCGCUUAAGGGCGCUCCACCAGAACCAGGAGUCCUCUCUGCUAGAGUCCCAAGACGCCUACGUCACCCUCAGUUGCAACAACCACGGGGAAGAGGGCCACCCGGACGACGCUCUCGAGGAGGCCUCGCCACUCGAGGAGGCCUCGCCACUCGAGGUGUUGUUCGCCUCCGGCAAGACGGCGUUGUGCGAAUCUCACUCCGACCUGGGAUCCGCACUGCGGAGCUCCGGGUCGGGUGGCCUUUCAUCACAGUGCAGCUUUGAGUACCCGAACCACCGCGCCUGGAGGCCCAAAGGCCCCGGGUACACCUACAUGGCGGUGGCGGACUCCGGGGUCUCCAUGGAUUACAGCCCCAUGAGCCGAGGAGACGACAUUGGAAACGUGAUCAUCUACGCCAAUGAGUACAAGAACGAGAUCCCGGGUCUCAGAAGACCCUUCCUGUCGAGGCAGCAUCCAGACGGCUGAGGGAGUAAAGCUGGAUGGGCUGCACAUGGACUGAGCCUCCAAGCGGGCUCAGGGAAGGGUUUUUGGAUAUUCACCCAAAGUUACAUAGCCUCUCGACAACUGUUAAGAAAGGUGGACCGAGGAUCUGGGGGCACACUGACACCGAAGUGUGAGCUAAAGGACUUGGGGAGGAAGAGUCCGCUGGAUGUACCAGACUGUACAUCAUUUCUACUUUAUCCAAACCACAGCUGUGGUUUACAGCAGAUACUGCUAUUCAGUGAAAAAGUCUGCAUGCUGAUAUGUAGGUAUCUUAUCCUGGAGAUCAGAGCAGAUUUAUAAAAAAACAACUAUAUAAUAAUUCACCAAAUUUAAGUUGAGGGAGUGUUUUCAUAGUGGUUUAUUCAAAUUUGAGCUGAGUGUAUUUUUAAAGCCUACAUGACAGAAUGGCUAUCGGGUUUACUCCAGUUGGACUCACAUUUGCUUAAAAUAUUUUAAUACAUGAUACAAUAUAUUUUUGAGCAGUUUCGAGAGAUGUACUUCUUCAGUUAAACAGUGGGCUGGAGGUUAAAGAUAAUUAUGAUAAAUCCAAUGAUUUUCUAAAACUAAAUUAUGAAACUGUUCUUAGAUAGUAAGUCAAAAGUAGGAUUUUUUUAAAGUCACAACUAUGACAUAAUAAGAAGAGCCGGACCGAUAAAUUGCCACAGUCGAUGCAUCAGCAUCUAGGUUUGAUGCAUUUAAACACAGUCGCAGUCGGCUGACAUUUUCUUUUUGUGUUUGACAACCAAUGUUUUAUUUUAUUUUUUAAAACUUUUUAUUUAUAGAUUUUUUUUCAAGUAACAAAGAACGCAACAAAACAUUGUAAAUGACAAAAAAUAAGAUUAAAAUAAAUAAAUAGAAAAAGGAAAAAAUGUUUUAUAGAUUUUUUUCUUCUUUUUACCCAUGUCAAAUGUUGAGAUGGAAGAAGUUAUAAUUAUGAAAUGAUAAGUUGCAAUUUUUACCUCAAUUGAAAUUAUGUGAUCAUAGGUCAAUAUUUGUAACUCCUUGUGAAGGUCUCAAAACUAUGAUCUCGCGUCUCACAAUUAUGCCUCAAAAGUCAAAACGUUGACUCAUCUCAGUUAUUGGAGCUCAAACUAGUAGUUGAUUAAGGAGUUAAUUGAUCUGCAGAAAAUAAAUCUAUUUUGAAAGUUGAAAGUAGUUUUUCAUGCAAAAAUGACCACGUUCCGACAUAAUCCUGGUUAGUCAAUUUAUGGAUAUAACUGGACAAAUUUGGAUUGAUUAGACUUCAUCACCUCAUAAAUAUGACUUAGCUUCCCACAAUGUUGACCAGAUAUUUUUAUUCCUGAAACUAGAAUAGCCAGUCUCAGACUUUAAAAUACGUAUAAAAUUGAAAUGAAACAGCUUUCGUAUAUAUCAAAAUAAAUAACAUCAAUGUCAUUUUCCAAAUUGGAAGAAACUCACUGUAUUUGUAAAUAGUAUUAUGGUGAUUUGUGUUUUUAAAUCAGAGUAUUCUGGAUCAAACGUAUAAAGUAUAAUUAGUACUACUGUAGACCACAUUCAUUCUCAUGUAACUAUAGUGGUUAGUCUUGUAAUAUUCAAGUUGAGUGUUUUCAACUCACUGCUGCCACCUAGAGGGCAGGAGCGUGUACAACACGUGUAGUCUGUUCAAAUCAAACUUCCAACAGGUGUUUUUGUGCUCAUGUGGCUUCAGAAAAACAUCUUGCAUCUUGACUUCUUCUUUGGACAAGAAUGCAUCUGCUUUGCAAAGCUUAAAACCUACAACCAGCUGUCUCUCACAACAUGUGACAUGCUUUUCAUAACAGUAAUUAAUGACUUAUCAAAGAUGAUAAAUUACACUUUUUAGUAAUCAUUGCUUUACAUAUAUUACUCUGGAUUUGAACUAUCAGUAGUUUAAUUAGAAGUGUGGUAAUAUUUUGUUCCGUGUUUAAUGUGCUAUUGUUCAUUUUUUUUAAAUGAAGUGUCUUUCGAUUUGUACAGUACUUUAACUGUGAUAUCAGCCACUUCGGUCCGAUGUCUCACACACGCCGAUCGCUCUGAUGUUGUAAAUGAGUGGUUCUCAACCCGAGGGACAGCACACUGCUGAGGGGUCACAAGAUGAUUAAGGGGAUAAUAAAAAAAAUUAUAAUUAAAAUAA